GGCUUUUCGUUGCGCAGACCGGAGCCUAGCCGCAGGUCGCUUACUGCUUUAGCAAAGCUUUAUUAUAUAGUAAAGUACAUGGUUGUCACGGGUGCCCAGAAGUGACAAGGGACCUGCGGUAAGUGAAUAAAUAUUCGCCUAGAAGCAUGAUUAUUUCUUGGCCGGCUAUCAGUUUCGCGCGGUAAAAUAUCUUGCGGAUUCGACAUGCAUUAACGUCGAGGUGGAGUUCGUCAGCGGCAUUCGAGUGUUCCUUGGCUCUUGUGGAAGCGGCCAAUGAGAUCACAGGGUUUUCGCCAAUCUAGUGUCUGGCUCUAACAGAAAAGCCAAUAGGAGCCGCUUCAGCGCCGCCAUUCUGUUGAGUUUCUGGCACGCCCUACGACUUCCUCCAUUGUCCUUCUUUCCGGGAUUCUCUGCGAGGAAGGAUGGCUCAGAACAAUUAUUUCGGGUUUACACACGGCGGAACGCAAUAUGGGGCGACCAGCGCAGCCGCCUAUCAGACCGGCCAAGCGGGAUACGCGGUAACACCAGCGGCUACAGCGGCCACAUACACCCAGCGGCCUGCUGCCGCCGCGGCCACUGGAUAUGAAACUUAUCAAGCAGCGGCAGCGGCAGCUGCCACUGGGACGACAUACGCCGCCGCGAAUCCGGGUACCGUAGCGCAAACAUACGACUACGGAUACGGGAGGGCUGCUCCUGCAGCCACCUAUGACGCCACCAAAACUUAUUACCAACAACCUGCAGCAGCAGCUGCAACAUACACAACUACUGAGACUCAUUAUCAGGCAGCGAAACCUGCUUACAGCACGACCAGUGCCUAUACAGGUACUGCAAGACAAGCUACGACUACUGGACAAGCUAAAACUUACCAAGCUUCGAGUACAGUUUAUCAGCAGUCCAAUCCAACGCAAAGUGCUACCUAUUCUUCAGGCUACACAGCACCAGCAACACCGGCAGCCACUGCUUCUACAGCGACAAAUAAAACGGCGAGUACAACGUAUUCCGGCUACGACGCAGCGCUUUAUAGCGCUGCGACUAUGUAUGUAGCCCAACAGAGUGCAAACAGCAAUUCGACUAACCAGAAGACUGGAGGUUGGCAGGGCUACGGACGGAAGGGGUUCGGAGCUGGCGGUGGAGGAAUGAAACCGAUGCGGCCGAAGCAGCCGCCGAAACCUCAGCAGCUGCACUAUUGCGAUGUCUGUAAGAUCAGCUGUGCCGGUCCCCAAACGUAUCGCGAGCACUUAGAAGGUCAGAAACACAAGAAGAAGGAAGCGUCCCUCAAGGUGCCACAACAACCGCCAGCUCGUGGAGCUGGAAAUUCUCUACGCUGUGAGCUCUGCGAUGUCACCUGUACCGGCAACGAUGCCUACGCAGCCCACAUCAGAGGCGCCAAGCAUCAGAAGGUCGUUAAACUGCAUACCAAACUUGGGAAACCCAUCCCUAGUGCAGAUCCGACCGUCCUAAAUCCAAAACCAGCCGUGGCAGUUAAAACGGCGACUGCUAAAAAACCAACAGUCACGGCGACACCAAAAAUUAACUUCGUCGCCUCUGGUAAUUUAGGCACAGUGAAUACAGGUCAGCCAGCUGAAGUCAAGACAGAGGAAGCAGCUGUUGAAGACACUGUUGAGGAAGCUGUGGUCGACGAGAAAGACAUACAGCCAGUAGGACAGGAAUAUAUUGAAGAGAACAAAUCGGAGGAUGGAAAAAUCAUAAGCUUUAAUUGUAAGCUAUGUGAGUGUCGCUUCAAUGAUCCUAAUGCAAAGGAUAUGCACAUGAAGGGCAGACGCCAUAGAUUCGCCUACAAGAAGAAGGUUAAUCCGGAUCUCGUCGUCGAUAUGAAGCCGAGCCUCAAGCAGAGAAAAAUGCUCGAGGAGAAGCUUCGUAGACAGCAAAUGAGAGAUGAAUAUAUGAGACGUAGAGAAGAAAUAAAUCAGUUGGGACCCAUGGGACCUAUGGGUCCAAUGAUGGACGAGGAGAUGAUAUAUUGGGAAGAGAGGCGACGAUACGAAGAGGAAUGUGAAUAUUAUGAAUGGUAUAGACGUUAUGGACGCGGUCCAGGUGCACCUCCAAUGCCACGACCAUUCCCUGGGCCUCCACCUAUGAUGAUGUUCCCUGGACCUCAGAGACGACCGGAUUCUUCCGACGACAAACACGUUCUGGCUCAUCAUUCGACGAUUUAUCCCAAGGAAGAGGAACUGCAGGCAGUUCAGAAAAUUGUUUCGCACACUGAGAAAGCUCUGAAGUUUGUUUCAGACACUUUAGCCGAAACUAGCGAUGAUCUUGCUUCAGGUAAGAAACUGCCACCCGCAGCAACUCCAAACGCAACGGCACCUGUGAUUGCUGCACCUCCGGUAGCUGCUGCCGCUACAGUCGCACCCUCGGCUGCCCCCACGACCACGACCACAACUACCACCAGCAAUACGACAACACCACCAGUUAAUACAGACAUUGUUAAGAAAGAAGAGGGUGAGAAGAAGAAAGCGACCACGCCGCAGAAGGAGGACGGAAGUGACGGAAACCUCUUCUCGUUCCAAAAGGAAAAAGAAGAUUCAAGAAUACUUCGCGGUGUGAUGCGCGUUGGGAAUCUUGCCAAGGGUCUCUUAUUGUCCGGAGACAACCAUGUUUGUCUUGUAGUACUGUGCGCUGAAAAGCCAACCAGAACGCUCCUGAAUAAAGUGGCUGAGAUUUUACCAGCACAGCUGAAAAGCGUCGCUCCAGAGGACACUUACAACGUGGGGAAACAUCCGGAAUCUGCUGCACUGACAGUGUCUGGUGGAACUGUAACUGUAAGCGUGACGUUGACGAGUCCAUUGAUGCGCGAGACGCCAAAGACACCAACACCAGCAGAUAAUGCUGGACAACAGCAACAGGGAGCUGCACAGCCGCAAACGACGCCGGCGACGCCUGCCGUGACCAAACCAGACCCACCAGACGUACUUCCCAAGGCUAAGUGUUUGGAGGCUUUAGCUGCACUCAGGCAUGCCAAGUGGUUUCAGGCUAGAGCAACGUCCCUCCAGAGCUGUGUAAUGGUGAUUCGCAUAAUGCGUGACCUCUGCAAUCGAGUGCCAACGUGGGGACCUCUGAACCCUUGGGCUUUGGAGUUGCUCACUGAGAAGGUAAUCAGCACAGCUGGUGGUCCACUGAGUCCUGGUGAAGCGCUUAGACGACUUUUAGAAUGCGUGGCUGGUGGAAUUCUGCUUCCAGGUAGCCCAGGUCUGCUGGAUCCUUGUGAGAAAGAGCCGGUCGAUGCGAUAGGAAGCAUGAGUGCUCAGCAGCGAGAAGACAUCACUGCGUCUGCGCAACAUGCCCUCAGACUAGUCGCAUUCCGGCAGAUUCACAAAGUCCUGGGUAUGGAGCAGCUGCCGCCACCGAAAUACAAGGGUAGCCGCUUUACUCGAAAACGACGACGUGAUAAUAGCAAUGGCGAGGGUACUGAUAGCGAGGCGUCGAAAAAGGACAAGAAAGCUGAGGAGAUGAAGAUGGAGACGGACGCCAAGUAGAUCCACCAAAACAUUCACUUUACUGAUUAAGUAUAAUUUAUAUAAAUUCUAAGAGACAUUUGUCCCUUGUGUCAAUUGCUUGUUUAAAGAAAAAGGCGUCGGUGAGUCGAAGAAUUGUAGGGAGAAUCAGAGACAGAGAGAAAAGUUGGGAGCAGAAUAGGGAAGAGGGUGAGAAAAUAACAACGAGAAGCAACAAUGUCAAGAUCGCAAAUAGGAACAGAAAAGAAGAGAAAAACUAGAUGACGCGCGUAGUUUCUCUUGUAGUAUCCUCAUAAAAAAGGAAAUGGACACAAUUCGUUCAUAUCAGGCAGCUCGCAUAUGUGAAUAUACGUUAAUUGAUUUCUCCAAUCGGCUUUCUCGUAUCGCAUAGAACAGUGUGCCUGUCCUGUCCAUCUCGUAUCUCUAGGACGACGCGCUCGACUGAAUUUGCAGGAACAACUGGCAUUAAGAAAUCCUGCACGAACAGGCAAUUGGUACGAUUAACUACGCCAGCACUAGGCUUUCAUUGAACGAGACGACAGAUGAUUGAUUAGUUUGAAUUUAUCUAUAUUUAGCUUUGUUCCAAAAAAAAAGAGUCACAAUGGGUUAUACGAAGGUUCAAGAGAAUAAAAUGAAUCAUGGCAGUUCAUAGGAAUCGAGAGAGAUGGUGUCCAGUUUCAAAGCAACGUGAAUUAUUGAUUUAUAAGUUUUCAAUUUAAGCGUAGACGUAGUUUGUAUCGCGCCUUGAUGUGUAUGUUGUGUGUGUAAUCGUACGAAAAUGCAGAAAUGAACCAAGCACUGAGAAUUACUUACGAUCGCGUUUAAACAUAGGUUUUAUAGAUCGUGCGUUGAUCCACGUAGAAGAUUGCUGAGAAAUUUAGUAGUUAUUUUAGUGGCUCACUGUGAAUUUAGGUGCUUUAAAUGGUCGACCAGGGUUGAGCGCACGUGUUUACGAUUCCUAUCAACCUGACGUAGUUCGUGGUUUUCGAAAAAGUAAGCAUGUCAAAAUGAUUCUUGAAAGAGACGUUUAGGAAACAAAAGCUGCGCUGUUUUUUUUUUUAUUGAGAAAUCAUUUGACAUCCAAUGUAUGACUCUGCUGUUGUAUUUUGAAACCAUCAUUGAAUAAACCGAAUAUGUCUAAGAGAACAAUUA